UCUAGAGAGAGGGUUGAGAAAUGGAGACGGAGAGCCCAUUCACUUGUCCAAACACGGUAACAGUCCGGCGAAAUCCUCAUCGGAAGGCGAGGCCGACGCCCUCUACGAUCGCACCACAAACUCAUGCAUCACCCACAAAGUUACAAGAAAUUUCUUCUUUCCCCAUCGAUGAAAUCCUCUCCAUGCAAAUUCCGCAAUCCAAUCGAUCAUUAAUCGAAAACCUAAAUGUGUUUCUUCGUAUCAAGCCACAAAAAAUUGUUGAGAAUUCUAGGCCCAGAAGUAAAAACGUUUGGCCCCAAAAUCCAGCUAAGAAGAAAGCACUGAAAGAGAAAAAUGAGAAGAAAAAGAGCGAAGCUUGUGUAACAGUUAAUGAUCCUCAUUCCGUGACACUAUCACCUCCGUUGGCCUUGCAGGCGUCUAAACGGAUAAAGUCUGAGGUUUAUGAAGGCUUUUCCUGCGUAUUUUCCGCCAAUUCAUCACAGGGUGAAGUGUACGAGAGGAUGGUGAGUCCUUUGGUGGAGGAAUUUUUAACAGGUAAAAGUGGAAUGUUGGCUGCACUGGGACCUAGUGGCUCUGGCAAGACUCAUACAAUUUUUGGCACACCCAGGGAGCCCGGUAUGAUUAUGCUUGCGCUACAACGGAUUUUCAAAAAAACUACCGAGAGUUCUUCUGAUUCGCCAAGAUUCUACCUAUCUAUUUUUGAAAUAUACUCUGAAAGAGGGAAAGGGGAGAAAAUGUUGGAUUUAUCCCCAGAUGGAACAGAUCUGAGCAUGCAGCAGUCAAGUAUUAAAGGUCUAAAGGAGGUUAUCAUUAAUGAUGCAGCACAGGCAGAAUCCCUGAUAGCUUGUGCAAUGCUGAAACGUGCCACAGCUACUACAAAUUCAAACAGCCAAUCAAGUCGGUCACAAUGCAUCAUUAACAUUCGCUGCACUGGGAACAACCUUGACCGAGAAGGUUUCAUUCAAGAAAAUAAUUCUGUCUUAACUAUUGUAGAUCUUGCUGGAGCUGAAAGAGAGAAAAAGACCGGGAAUCAGGGUUCAAGAUUGCUUGAAAGUAAUUUUAUCAACAAUACAUCAAUGGUUUUUGGCCUAUGCCUUAGGUCAUUGUUGGAGCACCAAAAAAAUCCCAAGAAGCCUUUGCAGAAGCACUUCCAGAACUCUUUGUUGACUAGGUACCUGCGAGAUUAUUUGGAAGGAAAGAAGAGGAUGGCACUGAUUUUAACUGUAAAAUCAGGAGAAGAAGACUACCUUGAUACUUCCUACUUGCUCAGACAAGCUUCACCAUAUAUGAAAAUUAAGUUUGAUAAUGUUGAGGACGUGUCCAACAUGGUCUGUAACAAGAGACCUCUUCAAACAUUAUCUAGAAUUGAGCAGCCCAAAAGAAUGAAAGUUAGUGGUCCUGAAGCUUCUUUGAUUGAAGAAAAGAGCAUCGGGAAGAAAGACAAACUUCCUGAUAAAGAGGCCAAAUUUGACACUAAGGACUGCACACCUCUAAAUUUUGAUUAUGUUGAUUUGGCAAAGAAAGAAAGAAACAAUCAGAUCAUGCAAAAUUUUGCUAAGGCUUUAUGGAGUGUUUUGAAGCAGCACAAUGAAAAACUUAAGGUGGCAGAAAUUGAAAUAGAGAACCUCAAAGUAAAUCUAAGCAAUGAAAAGACAAGAAAUCUUGAGCUGGUUAAAGAGCUUAAGGAUUUGAGGUCCUGCUGUACUUGUACCAAGGAGAGUUCGUCGGAGACAACUUUUGCUAAAGUACCUACCAAGUUUGAAUCUGAAAUAGAAUUAGAGGGAAAUAAAUUUAGUGAAGUUUGUGAGAUCAAUGUGGAUGCUUAUUCACCAAACCAAAAGGAACCAAUGUGCAAUCUCAGUCCCAUUGUUUAUGAUCCCAGUCCGGGACAGAAACAAGAUCUACUAUCUCAGGGGAGAUGUUCUACUCUUGAAGUGGUCAAUACUUUAUCACUAUCCGUUGAAAACUCUAAUGAUCCGAAUUAUCAGAACGAGCCAGAAUGCAAAACACCUGUUCAAGAGUGCCUGUACCAGACAUCUGAAAUCAUUUCUAGAAAUGAUGAGGAUUUAAACGAGUGUGACCACACGGCAGAACGUAAUCCUCCAAAUCUUGAUAUGGCAGGUUUGAUAAUGUUGAGGACGUGUCCAACUGGUCUGUACAAGAGACCUCUUCAACAUUAUCUAGAAUUGAGCAGCCCAAAAGAAUGA